CUACUCCCGUUGCGAGUCCGGACCUCCCCUUUGUGGCUGGAGCGUGGCCAGACGAGCGGGGAGAAACCACGGCAGCCCCACGCGACGCAACGCAGGACCAAGAUCUUCCCCCGCCAAGUGCGCAUAAUGCGUCUAGGAGCGUCUUCACGUUAGUUGUAACUGAUUUUAUGAUGCCCCGGCGCAUGAUCCUUACUCUCGGCGCAACACGAGGACAAGGCAAGGGACGGCAGAGGUCCGAUGCAAACACGAUGCAUAUAAAGGAGGCGUAUUCGCCUACGACUGAAAGACAGCAUUCAUCUUGUGUUUUAUCUCGGAGCAAGCCGAAUUUCUACAACACCUUUUUCAUACCCGCCCCAAGAUGGCACAGACCGAGACCGGACCUGCACUUCUUGCUUCCGUCGAGGAUUUCACAAGCCAAUCCUUCGACUAUGUCGUCUGUGGAGGCGGUCGGUUAAAUAUCUCGACCCACUCUGUUUGCCUUGACUUACUUGCUCAGGUGCCGCCGGCCUGAUCGUAGCGGCUCGCUUAACUGAAGACCCAAAUGUAACUGUCGGUGUUAUUGAAGCUGGAAAAUAUCACUAUGAUGAUAUGUUUGUCGAUGUUCCCGGUCUCUUCUUGGCCACGCUCGGUAAUCGUGAUUAUGAUUGGGUUCAUCAGACUGUGCCGCAGAAGGGCAACAAGGGCAAGGUGCAUCACUUGCCACGAGGAAAGGCGCUGGGUGGCUCGACCGCAAUCAACUAUAUGAUGUAUGUCCGGGGUUCUAGCGCAGAUUAUGAUGACUGGGCCGAACUUACCGGCGAUGAGAGCUGGGGGUCCAAGGAGAUGAGCCACUACAUGCGAAAGCAUCAGACCCUUGAGCCAAUCGAUGAAAAAAUCACCGAUAGAACUCAUUUUCCGUUUGUAGGCGAGUACCAUGGUACAAGUGGACCCAGCCGGACGUCCUUCAAUCCCUCGUCUCUUCCAAUCGAGGAAGCUAUCAUCAAGGCUGCCGAUGAUGCGUGUGGUUUCUCGGUCAAGCCAAAAGAUCCAUGGAGCGGAGACCACAUUGGAUUCUACAACUCUCUCGGUAGCAUCAUCAGGACGGGGCCUAACAAAGGGAAACGUAGCUAUGUCACUCGCGGCUACUUCGAACCAAAUGCAAAACGGCCGAACCUCGAAGUCAUUUGCGAAUCUCUGGUCCACAAAGUUCUUCUCGACGGGAAUAAGGCUACGGGUGUUGAGUUCUCCCAUCGUGACAAGACUUACCAGGUCAAGGUCAAUAAGGAGGUUAUCGUUUCCGGAGGUACUAUCAAGAGCCCGCAGAUUCUUGAGUUAAGCGGUAUCGGCGAUCCAGAAAUCCUCAAGGCAGCCGGAGUUGAGGUCAAGGUCGAAAACAAGGGAGUCGGCGCAAAUUGUCAAGAUCAUGCCGUCAGCGGAGCAGCCUUCUGGUUAACUCCAGGAGAGCUAUCUGCUUCUAUCCUGGCAGUCCCAGAAGCCAUGAAAGCCGCUCAACAAGAGUUGAUGAUGAACCAAACCGGGCCUCUCACGUGUGCAUCACUAGUCCAAGGCUUCUUCCCUUACAAGCUCUUUGCCACACCGGAACAACUCAAAGAAACAGUAGAAAGUAUCAGGAACACACCGACGACGAGUGACUUCCAUAAAAAGCAACUCGAGCAAGUGAUCAGGCACCUCGAAAGCGACAAGUCUGCCAAUCUGCAGAUAGUUUUGCUCGGCAGCGCCGGUGAUUUUGAGAAAGGUGUUCACGAUCAAUCGCGACUCUUCAAGUUGGAGCUUGGACCGGAAGGGAAUUGCAGCAUUUCUAUUGCACUCUGCUUGCAGUAUCCUGUCUCCCGGGGCAGCAUCCACAUUACAAGCAAUGAUCCAACGAAGGAUCCAGCCAUCGAUCCAGGCUACAUGAGCCACCCUGCUGAUAAGCACGUAAUGGCAGUAGGCUUCGGCAUGGUUGAUAAGCUCUCCAAGUCCAAGUAUGUGGCUGACAAAAUCGCUUCUCGAAUAUGGCCAGCCAAGGAAGUCGACUUGUCCGAUGUCAAGCAGAUAGAGCAGCAAAUGGAGGAGGUUGUCCUAGGCGAAUACCAUAUCUGUGGGUCAGUCGCCAUGGGUGAUGCUUUAGACUCUCACUUGCGCGUCAAGGGAGCAGAGGGUAUCAGGGUGAUUGAUGCCAGCGCUUUCCCGAACAACGUGUCCGGGAACAUUUGUUCGAGCGUGUACGCACUGGCAGAGAAAGGUGCGGAUAUUAUCAAGCGUGAUAAUGGACAUGCUUUAGUUUGAGGGAUUUUGACCAUAGCAACUGUAAAGAAAAAAUUCGAGCGGUAACACGCCGUCCCAAGGAGAUAUUCUGCAAAAUUCAUUUAAAUCAGGGCAUUCUGAAAUAAGAAAUCAC